AUGGGAGUUGACAAAGGGAAAAAGCAGAAAUUAGAAGAAAACGACGCGACAGAGCACAUUGAUAGAGACCUACUCCUCUCCAUUGAGAAGCUCCAGGAAGCCCAAGACGAGCUUGAAAAGAUCAAUGAAGAAGCUAGUGAAAAAGUCUUGGAAAUAGAACAGAAGUACAGUGAGAAAAGGAAGCCAGUCUAUGAUAAGCGAAAUGAAAUCAUAAAGUCAAUUCCAGACUUCUGGAUGACUGCUUUUCUGAGUCAUCCUGCCCUUAGUGAACUUCUAACUGAAGAAGACCAAAAGAUUUUCAAAUAUUUGACUACCCUCGAAGUGGAAGAAUCUAAAGACUUGAAAUCGGGUUGUUCAAUUACAUUUAACUUUAAACCGAAUCCGUAUUUUGAAGAUACCAAACUCACAAAGACUUUUACCUUCCUAGAGGAUGGAACAACAAAAAUAAGCUCUACAUCAAUUAAGUGGAAAGAAGGCAUGGCCAUUCCAAAUGGUGUUAAUGAGGCGAAAGGGAACAAGCGGUCUCAUUCUGAAGAAAGCUUCUUUACCUGGUUUAGUGACACCCAGCAUAAGGAUGAUAUAGUGGAGAUUCAUGAUGAGGUUGCUGAGAUAAUCAAGGAUGAUCUCUGGCCAAAUCCCCUCACUUAUUUUAACAAUGAGGCCGAUGAAGAAGAUCUUGACGUGGAUGAUGGAGAUGAUGAGGAUAACGGUAGUGAUAGCUCAGAAGAGAAUGACGAGGACGAUGAAGUUGAAGAUGGUGACGAGUAA